AUUUUAAAUUUUUUAUAGUAGUUAGUUAGUAUUUUCAAGCGUCUCUAGUAUUUCCAAGUUCACAACGAAGCAAAUUAGAAAAUGGCCUUCAAUUUCGACAGCGGGCAAUUUAAUAAAGAAUCGACGCCGAAGCGCCUUGGGAACUGGCAGGUCCCACGUUGGGCGCCAACCCGAGCAAGGCCACUAGAGAUGCGUCCGAACCCAAAACCGAUUUGCGAUAUCAAUGGGCAUUUCCUACCCGGGGCGCCAAGAGGAUCGUCGAAAUGUUUCGGACACUACACUGGUACAUGGGAAUUACCUAGGAAGAUCACCAGAAAAGUUGCUGAGGAGUUGGCGAAAGAACCGCCGGACGGGAGGUUUCCAGAUUGGUUGAACCUGCGUGUUCAAAGGCCAAAGGCGAUCGCAGGACGCUUGCGCGCGGGGAAACGCGGCAAAGCGAAGCCCGAGGACAAAAAGCCGGCAGAAGAUCAGACUUUCAACGAUGAGGAUCAGGUAGGUAACAAGGAAACACGAGACAAAGAUGAACCAGACGAAGUUCAGGAUAACAAUAACGAAGACGACCCUUUGGCACUGAACUCAGAAAAAGAACCAGUGGACAGUGACGGCCACGGCCCUUAUAUACCUGGAUCAAAAACUGAUCCUGAAAAGAGACACGAAAACUACGACCUUUUAGUGAAAGAUGCCGUAGACCAACUACACGGACCACAAGAAAAUAAAACCGAUAAGUUUUGGCGAAAAGUAGCCGAUAAAGCCCAAAAAGACAAUGAGAUUAUGAAAUAUGCUAAAAAAAGUGAAACACCCAAGCUACCGUACGUCAACGUAUCGCAAAAUUUCAACUUUGCAAAAAAAAUGCAUGCUGGUAAUCUAGAACACGAACCUUUGCCUGAUACAUUAGGGUAUCGCAAUUUGACUAAAGUAGGCGAACAUAGAGAGUCCGACAUUGUCGUGAAACCAUACGCUAUUGGGUGGAAAGGUUUUGGAGCGUCAGGACCCACCUGUUGUACUAAAAUGCGCGUUCAUAGACCUAAAACAUGUGACCCGAAAAAAACAGAAGGUGAAGAAGAUAAACGCAAACAGCGUCCUGCAACAUCAGAUCUAGGAGGCCAGUAUAAAAAGCCACUUUCAUUAAUGGAUUUAGCAAUUUGCUGGGAUUUCAAAGCGGACAAUCCAAAGAAUGAAGCCAGACCUCCGAAACAUAUAGACGGAUCUAACGGAUCAUUAGCACCUGCUGUAUUUACAAUGGUACACACACCGAAAGAAGACGUACACGAAACAGUUGUAGGGCAUGCAUUUCCAAUUUUUACCCAGAAUCGGCAAGGAGAUGACGCGGGAAAACACAGCGUCCCAUAUUUUGAAAAAGAUAUAACUAAGGAAAAAAGGAAAGACUCUUGUGAUGUUCAGCACUGCCCACAACAUAACGAAAUAAACAAGUCCAGUAAAUCCCGAUCAUCAAGUAGAAAGAGUUCUGCUCAGUCAAAUAAAAGUAUUUGCGAUGGCAUCAAUGGUUGCGGGACUACCUCAGACGUAAGCCGAAAUGGUAGUCACGAAUCGAGACCUCAAAUGAAACAUAUUAAAGAAGCUUGGAAUUCGGAGAGUAGAAAUAAGAAUUCAAAAUAUGACAUUAAUCGUAACCGUCACAGCUUAGAAUCGUACGAAAAGACUCCACUGGCCCAAGGGAAGUUGCACCAGAGUUCGCCAAACGAAUCUGAUGUCUCUAGACAUACUGUCAAAGACUCACUGAAAAAUAGUGAUACUUCUAAUAAUACCAAACAUAAGAACUGCUUAUCCUGCAACGGUGUUAAAAUGCCACAAGAAAAAAGGCAGAAAGACGACUAUAAGUUUGCCUUUAAAGCUGGUAAUCCGAAUUCGGUUCAAAGCAACAGCUCGAACGACUCCAAGGACUUAAAAAUACCGAAGAUGCGUCAUCCUUACACAAAAAAGUCUUAUACUAUUCCUACUUUAGCUCCACCUUUUAGUAUUUGGCGCGAUGCAAAUGCGACUGGAUACCCUGAACACUGGAGAUUAGCAAGCGUCUAUCAGCACGCUUAUAAACCGCUUGAGCAACGUCGUAAACCACUCAUUGAAAGUGUUUAUCAAUAAAGUUGCCGGUUACGUUUGCGGCGACAGAGAACUUGAAGAAAACGAAGAUGAAACUUUUGGUCAGCGUACAAGGGCAUAUGGGCAGAGCAAUUUAUCUUUACUUACUUAUUAGUAUUGUAUACUUAGUAUUUGUAUACUUUAUGCAUUAGCUACCUAUUUAUUUAUUUCUUUUAUUACUUAUGUACACCUAAAGCAUGUGUCCACAAAUACUAAUAAAUAGGAUAUCCAUAGGAAAGCUCAUCUCUUUAUGAGAUUUCCUCCAGCCACCCUUAGAUGUGAGUGAAUCCUACUAAUAUUAUAAAUGCGAAUGUUUGUAUGGAUGUAUGUUACUCUUUCAGACAAAAACUACUGAAUCAACUUAACUGAAUUUUGGAAUGGAGAUAGAUUAUACCCUGGAUAAAAUGUACCGUUCCCACAGAAUUAAUAUGAAGCCUCGAGCAACAGCUCGUUAUUUUUUUUUUUUUUAAUAUAAAUAGCGGGCAAACGAGCA